CGUAGACACACGGCUAUACAAUGGAGAAGUUCAAGUACCGCCAUAAAAGCGCGAGUAUAAAGAGUAGUGACGAAUUAUGAAAACUACUUGCUGUAUAGUGUCCCAACGGUAAAUGCAUAUAAGUAACCCAAAACAUCGUAUAAGCUUCAGCGCAUUUGUUUUAAUGUGAAUUUCUAGUCGACAGUUUAAUGUUCUUUAUUAAUGAAGUUACGGUGCUUUUGAUUGAAUCGCGAUGAAUACGAACAAUCGUACUGCACAACAUGCCAAUUUCCCCCUGAGCCCCCUGAGCGAGACUCAAGCCAAAGAGCAUCUGGUCACCUACGGUUACAAUGAAAUCGAAACGGGCAAGAAAACGCCAUGGUACAAAGUGCUGUACACGGCGCUUGUACACCCUUUCAACAUCCUGUUGGCAAUACUAGCCACAGCAUCAGGAAUCAUUGAAGAUUUUGACACAAUGGCAAUCAUGUUGGUGAUGGUCACCCUGUCGUCAGUGAUCCGAUUCCAUCAGGAAUGGAAAUCGUUGCGAGCGGCUCAAAGUCUUUUGUCGAUGGUGUCGAAGAAAGUAAAAGUAAUGCGUUGUCGGGACGGUACGGGUAGUGUUGAAGAAAUGGAAAUUGACACUGCAUUGCUUGUGCCCAGUGAUUGGGUGAAAUUAGAGCCGGGAAAUCUAAUACCGGCAGAUCUGAUCAUUCAUUCGUCGAAAGACUUGUACAUAUCGCAGGCAUCGUUGACGGGAGAAGCUAUUCCCGUGGAAAAGUACACUGUCUCAAGAGAAGCGAUUGACCGAAGCAGUAGUGACGAAUCGAAACCCCACACUGAGAUUCUAAUCGACAGAAGUCCUGAACAAUUGGUGCAUCAGCGACGGAAGAAAACACGUAGAACAGGCUUCAAGGACAUGGUGAAAAAUAUCUUCGGAAUACAGACCGGUCUGGAAAGCAGCGACAUAGAUCGACUGGAAAUGAAAGCCGACCUAGAUCGACCCGAUAUGUGUUACAUGGGCACAUCGGUUAUUUCCGGUGUGGCAACAGCGAUUGUUUAUGCUACCGGACCGCGCACAUAUUUCGGAAUGAUGGCUGAUGAUAUUGCAACGCGUCGACCUCAGAAUGCCUUCCAGCUUGGUGUUCGUCGGAUCUCUUGGAUCUUCUUUCUAACGAUGGCCUGUCUUGUUCCACCCGUUUUCCUAUUACAAGGUUUACUUCACAGUGGCUGGACCGACGCGUUACUGUUUUCACUGUCAGUGGCAGUGGGAUUGACGCCCGAAAUGUUGCCAAUGAUUGUGAACACAACGCUAGCUAAAGGAGCGUAUCAGCUGGCUAAACGGAAAUGCAUCGUUAAGAGCUUGGACGCUGUGGUUAAUCUCGGUGGAAUGGAUGUGCUGUGUACGGACAAAACAGGAACGUUGACGAAAAGUGUGGUCACACUCACAAAGCACGUGAACCCGUUGGGAAUGGAAUCAGAUCUUCCGUUGCACAUGGCGUAUUUGAAUUCAUAUUUCCAGGCUGUCAACAGCAGUCCCAUGGACACGGCUGUGCUACUGUUCUACGACUCAUUUUAUUUCCAAAAAUCUGUCGUUAGUUUGUCGGUGGAUAUCCCGGCCGAUGAGAAUGUUACCGGCCGAUUCGAAAAGAUUGACGAAAUUCCGUUCGACUUUGAGCGCAGAAAGACUUCGGUCAUUUUGAAAGAGAAGGGAGAUGACAGCAAAAACAUUUUAAUUUGUAAAGGAGCCGUCGAUGAGAUGUUAAGCUGCUGUACGCGAAUCUCUACCGACAAUUUGAACGAAGACUUCUUCAUUCCUAAUGACUAUGCCAUUACCGAUUUAACGUCAGACCUCCACAAUCGAUUGAAAGAAUUUGCAGAGGAUCAAAGCCGAGAAGGACUUCGGAUACUUGCCGUGGCUUACAAGAAAUUCGACAAAUUUCCGGGAAGCUUCGAUGUAUCCUGUGAAAACGAUCUAACGUUUGUGGGAUUUUUGGCUUUCCUCGAUCCUCCGAAGGAAUCGGCUGCACAGGCAAUCAGAGACUUGAUGAUCAACAAUGUCAACGUGAAAGUGUUGACCGGCGAUUCUUCGGUUGUUUGCCAGAAGAUUUGCGAAGAAAUUCGACUGCCCGUUCAGCAAGUGGUAACAUCCAGCGACCUUGACGGGCUCAAUGAUGCCGAAUUAUCCGAUCUGGCGGAACGCAGCACAAUAUUUUCGAAACUGACUCCGAUGCAAAAGGCCGACAUUGUUCGUGCACUUCGACGAAACGGACACAUCGUCGGUUUUCUCGGUGAUGGCAUCAACGAUUCCACAGCACUCGUUGAGGCUGACGUUGGAAUUUCAGUUGAUAGCGGGACAGACAUUGCGAAAGAAUCGGCCGACAUUAUACUUCUGGAGAAAGAUCUGGGUGUUGUGGUCGACGGAGUGAUUUUUGGCCGUUCAACCUAUGGCAACACUCUCAAGUACAUUGUGAUGGCCGUUUCAUCGAACUUUGGUAACGUUUUCUCCAUGCUAGUCGCCUCCAGUUGGCUGCCAUUCCUUCCGAUGCUUCCGAUCCAUGUGGUCGUCCAGAAUCUACUGUACGACAUUUCGCAAAUAUCCAUCCCAUGGGACCACAUGGAUCCGGAAUUUCUGAUCGUUCCCCAUCGCUGGUCAAUGAAAUCGGUUCUACGGUUCAUGGUGUGGAUCGGUCCCUGGUCAUCCGUCUUCGACAUCACCACAUUUCUGUACAUGUACUACUACUUCGGUAUACAGACACCGGACAAUGAUGUAACGCUCUUCCAAACCACAUGGUUUACUGUUGGACUGUUGACGCAAACACUGAUCGUCCAUAUGAUCAGAACGCCGAAGAUUCCGUUUAUUCAAUCCACUGCCUCAUUGCCGGUUAUACUGAUGACGGUUAUAAUCAUGACCAUUGGUAUAGUCAUUCCGUUCAUACCGCUGUUCCGGAAUUGGCUGCAAAUGGUGGUAUUGGAAUCGAUGGUGUAUCCGUAUGUUGCAGGAGCUUUGCUGUCCUACGCAAUUGCAGCUCAGCUGGCAAAAGUUAUUUAUAAGCGACUUUUCAACGAAUGGUUCUAACGACGUAUAAGGUCCGUGUGUUUUGUAUUCCCUUAGACUAAAUAAAAUUUUUGCUUUUAACAAUGGAAAA